GCUGCCGCCGCCGCCGCCGCCGCCGCGACGGGCAGCCGGGCUCGCGGGCAGCCGGCUCCGGCCCCUGGCCCUCGGCCUCGAGCCCCCGGCGAGUCUGGAGUCCGCGCCGUCGCCGGCCGCGUCCUCCGGGCAUGGAAGGCGGCGGCAAGCCCAAGUCCGCGUCCAACAGCCGCGACGAUGGCAACAGCGUCUUCCCCUCCAAGGCGUCCGCGACGGGGCCGGCGGUGGCCGACAAGCGCCUGGGGACCCCGCCGGGGAGCAGUACGGCGGGGAAGGAGCACGGUAACUCCGUGUGCUUCAAGGUGGACGGCGGAGGCGGCGAAGAGCCGGCGGGCAGCUUCGAGGAUGCUGAGGGUCCCCGGCGGCAGUAUGGUUUCAUGCAGAGGCAGUUCACCUCCAUGCUGCAGCCCGGGGUCAACAAAUUUUCCCUCCGCAUGUUCGGCAGCCAGAAGGCGGUGGAGAAGGAGCAGGAAAGGGUUAAAACUGCAGGCUUCUGGAUUAUCCACCCGUACAGUGACUUCAGGUUUUAUUGGGAUUUAAUAAUGCUGAUAAUGAUGGUUGGAAAUUUGGUCAUCAUACCAGUUGGAAUCACAUUCUUUACAGAACAAACAACAACACCAUGGAUUAUUUUCAAUGUGGCAUCAGACACCGUUUUCCUAUUGGACCUAAUCAUGAAUUUUAGGACUGGGACUGUCAAUGAAGACAGCUCUGAAAUCAUCCUGGACCCUAAAGUCAUCAAGAUGAAUUAUUUAAAAAGCUGGUUUGUGGUUGACUUCAUCUCAUCAAUCCCAGUGGAUUAUAUCUUUCUUAUUGUAGAGAAAGGAAUGGACUCGGAAGUUUACAAGACGGCCAGAGCCCUUCGCAUUGUGAGAUUUACAAAAAUUCUCAGUCUCUUGCGUUUAUUACGCCUCUCAAGGUUAAUUAGAUACAUACAUCAGUGGGAAGAGAUAUUCCACAUGACCUAUGACCUCGCUAGUGCAGUGGUGAGAAUCUUCAACCUCAUUGGCAUGAUGCUGCUCCUGUGUCAUUGGGAUGGUUGUCUUCAGUUCCUGGUUCCCCUGCUUCAGGAUUUCCCACCCGACUGCUGGGUUUCACUAAAUGAAAUGGUUAAUGAUUCUUGGGGAAAGCAGUAUUCCUAUGCGCUCUUCAAAGCCAUGAGCCACAUGCUGUGUAUCGGCUAUGGCGCACAAGCGCCAGUCAGCAUGUCCGACCUCUGGAUUACCAUGCUCAGCAUGAUCGUUGGGGCCACCUGCUAUGCUAUGUUUGUUGGCCAUGCCACAGCUUUGAUUCAGUCUUUGGAUUCUUCAAGGAGGCAGUAUCAAGAAAAGUAUAAGCAAGUGGAACAAUACAUGUCAUUCCAUAAGUUACCAGCUGACAUGCGUCAGAAGAUACAUGACUACUAUGAACACCGAUACCAAGGCAAGAUCUUUGAUGAGGAAAAUAUUCUCAGUGAACUUAAUGAUCCUCUGAGAGAGGAAAUAGUCAACUUCAACUGCCGGAAACUGGUGGCUACAAUGCCCCUCUUUGCUAAUGCGGAUCCCAAUUUUGUGACGGCCAUGCUGAGCAAGCUGAGAUUUGAGGUGUUCCAGCCUGGAGACUACAUCAUUCGAGAAGGAGCGGUGGGGAAGAAAAUGUACUUCAUUCAGCAUGGUGUUGCUGGUGUUAUCACCAAGUCCAGUAAAGAAAUGAAGUUGACAGAUGGCUCUUACUUCGGAGAGAUUUGUCUGCUGACCAAGGGCCGGCGCACUGCCAGUGUUCGAGCGGAUACAUACUGCCGUCUUUACUCCCUUUCGGUGGACAAUUUCAAUGAGGUCUUGGAGGAAUAUCCAAUGAUGAGAAGAGCUUUUGAGACAGUGGCUAUUGACCGACUCGAUCGGAUAGGCAAGAAAAACUCCAUUCUUCUUCAGAAGUUCCAGAAGGAUCUGAACACUGGUGUUUUCAACAAUCAGGAGAAUGAGAUCCUCAAGCAGAUUGUGAAACACGACAGAGAGAUGGUCCAGGCUAUCCCUCCGAUCAACUACCCUCAGAUGACCGCCCUGAACUGCACAUCGUCAACCACCACCCCAACCUCCCGCAUGCGGACACAGUCUCCUCCCGUCUAUACUGCGACCAGCCUGUCUCACAGCAACCUGCACUCGCCCAGCCCCAGCACACAGACGCCCCAACCCUCGGCCAUCCUCUCGCCCUGCUCCUACACCACAGCAGUCUGCAGUCCUCCUGUACAGAGCCCCCUGGCCACACGAACUUUCCAUUAUGCCUCUCCCACCGCCUCCCAGCUGUCGCUCAUGCAGCAGCCUCAGCAGCUACAGCAGUCUCCGGCACCGCAGACUCAGCCGCCGCCGCCACCCCAGCAACAGCAGCAACAGCAACAACAGCCACAGACACCUGGGAGCUCCACCCCGAAAAAUGAAGUGCACAAGAGCACGCAGGCACUUCAUAACACCAACCUAACCAGAGAAGUCAGGCCCCUCUCGGCUUCGCAGCCCUCGCUGCCACAUGAGGUGUCCACUAUGAUCUCCAGACCUCAUCCCACUGUGGGCGAGUCCUUGGCCUCCAUCCCUCAGCCCGUGGCAGCUGUCCACAGCACAGGCCUUCAGGCAGGGGGCAGGAGCACAGUGCCACAACGUGUCACCUUGUUCCGACAGAUGUCCUCGGGAGCCAUUCCCCCUAACCGAGGAGUGCCUCCGGCACCCCCACCACCAGCAGCUGUGCAGAGAGAAUCUCCCUCAGUCUUAAACACAGACCCAGAUACAGAAAAACCACGUUUUGCUUCAAAUUUAUGAUUCUUGCUGAUUGUCAAAACAGAAAAGAAAUACUCUAGGAAACAGAAUAUUCCCAGAUAUUAUUUUAUUCUAUCUCAUGAUAGAGCCCUAUAGCCUACUCUGAAAAGAUAUUUUAGACAGCUCUGGCCUACAUGCAAAUGUAAAAAAAACAUAUAUACAUAUACAAUUAAAUAUAUAUCACUAUAUAUAAAUGCCCAAGAGAAGUUCUAAAGACUUGUAUAGCAUUCAGUGUUACAUGUCUUCCUUUCUUUAAAUCCAUUAAAGGAUUAAACACGUUGUUGUAAGAUCAUUGAUUUCUAACGUACUCUUACUUAAUUCCUUUGAUAUGUGUAUUCCUCUCUUUUAUGAAGAGUUCUUGGGGUCGAUGGCAUCAAAACUCGAGUUUUAAAAAGGCAACUCCAAUUAGUUCCAAAGCAGCACCAAUCAACAUUUUCUUUCGUUAGCUGUGCCUCUGCAUCCAAAUUAUUGAUUAUGCGGGAUGAAAAUAACCAAAUCCCAGGUUAUAGCUCUAAAGUGUAUUUUGGUGCUUUCAAUUUUGAGUUAGGUGAACAAACACACACCCCACCAUGCUCAGCCACCACAGGAGACAAAACAUUGCCACUGCGAAGGUUUUCUCUGACCUCAAACGUGGUCAUUGAUUCGGCAGGAAGGGUGAGGAGGUAGUUGUCCUCAUGUGUUAUUGGACUUUUACCAAGACUCAGUCAACGUUAGUUGUAAAUAACUUUCCAACCCAAGUAAAAGUAACUACCUGUGUUGUGUAGAGGUAAAAGUCACUCACUGUUUAGAAUUCAGUUUUAUGGCUUCACUUCAAAACUGAAGAGUUUUAAAUUUCACAAAACCGAAUAAUUGUGACAAUUGUUCAACUGUAAUGCAAUGGCUUCAGACCUACAAUAUUAUUUUAACCUGCAAUAAUAUUUUAUGCAAAAUUGUAUGCUUGGAUCUACAAAUUGCUUGUAUUACACCAAAAAUUAUUACUUUUCUUCCUUAUUGACAUAAUCAAGCAUCUGAAACUAGUCCUGGCAUGCUUUGGGGGGCAAAAAAAUAAAAAGUAGAUUCCAAUCAGUAAUUGUAAGAAAAGGCUUACAGUAUUUCUCACUUCUAGAGGAUAUAACAAUUCCUUAAUUGUGUCUUUUAAAAUUCUUAAAAGGCUGACUUGGAUCUCUGACUUAAAUCUAGAAGUGAGGUUUUUCACUUUAAUUUAAUAUUAUCGCUGUUACUAUCAUUUAAACAAUUAUUUGCAAAUCACAGCUUGGUUUGGAGUUAACUAUGUUCUGUGUCUUCAUGUUAGUUGGUAGUUUACUGUGAUAUUAAUGUGAAGAAAUAAAUAUAAUAUAUCAUCACAUCUGUUUGGACAUGCACAUUUGCCCUCUGUAUAUUGUAACUAAGCCGUUAGUAAAUCUUAAGGCAUGUGGAAACCAACAUAGUCCUUAGACAGACAGGAGGUUUGUUCUUUCAAAUGUGCUGGACAUAGUGUGACUGCGGCGACAGGAAGCAGGGGUGAAGUUGAUCUGUCUGUAAGCAUUGUUUGUUUGUUCCUUUGUUUCCUUAAUUCUUUCCGUGAGCAUCAGCCUCUUAGAGAGCACGUGGGCUUGCUGCAUCCCACACAUGUGGAGGAUUUUUAAUGUCUGACUUCUGUAAAUAACUCAAGAGUGUGACCUGAAGUGGAGGUCUUUAGAAGCACAGGCAUGGAUGGUCCACUUAAGAACUUAAAAUCCAGACAUUCUGAUGGCACAGGGCCUCUAGAUAGACUUGAGGACCGGAAACUAAAGCAGAAGCAAUGGCUAUAAAGUGGAUCCAUUUUUGCCUGUUAUGCCUUUUAUGGAUCUAACCCCUAUAAAACCAAAAAGAGUUGUUAUGAUUAAUUGCUAACAGAUCCUAAUUUGUGUGGAAACAAUGUACAAUGCUAGGCAAUGUAAUGUUAUUCAUUACUGACAUGGUGAUGGCAAAUGACAGCCUGUUGGGAAUGAUGUAAAAGAGAUCUCUUAGCCUACCUAGAAUCUAUGGAAAAGUUACAAGACCAUUUAUGUAUCAGUACAAAACUCCUCUAUUUUAUUAAAAGAUAAAGAUUAGCAUCAAUAUAUUAAGAUCAUGCACUAGUCCUUUAAAUUAUUAAAGGCCUACAUUUGACAGAAUUAAUGGGUUUGUUAGUAAUAUAUUUUUUAUACAUAAAACUUUUUGAGCACCAUGGGAAACAUCAACAAGACUAAACUGCAUGAUCAUUCAGUGGAACCAUAAAAUUUUUAUUCAUUUUGUACUAGAAUGGACAAAGAAGUCUAAGGUUUAUAUGCUAAGCUAACAAAAUGGUACAGGGUAAAUUAAAUAUACAUAUGUACGAAUGUGUAUUUAUAUACACAUAUUUAGAUUAAGGAGAAAGUGAUUCACAUUCCUGUAAUAUAAAGGUACAGUGCUAGGUGAACAUGACCUUUUUUUUCUCUGUACAUAUAAGCUCAAGUUUGGAGUUUUAAUCUGUACAGAAAGAACUGUACUAUUGAUCUUUUGCUGCUGAGAAGAUGAAGAAAAUGCUAAUCUUGCCAUUGUAUGACCAGGGAAGAGUUAGAAUAUGUCUUUUGUCUUUGCUCAAAGCCAUACAUAUAAAUAUACAUAAAGAUUAUUAAUAAAUCCAACAAAAAUAAACUAAAAUUAUGAAUAUUUUAUUUUAUUGCUAUACUCUAAUCAAAUGUUUCUCUUUGUUGAUGAAUAUAGAUUUGCCUAUCUUUCUGUCUUUGUAUAAUUUCCAAAGACUUGUUCUUGAAAAUCACCAUACAAUUCUUUAUAGAUAUUCUACAAAUAUAGAAUGAAAAUAACUUAAAUAGAACAUGGAUUUCCCAGUCAUCUCUUUGUUUUACCUUUUUCAUAUAGUAAAAAUUUAUUUUAUUUUUUACCCCAUGCCUCUUUAAUAUAUUGUGUUUGUCCAGUUUUAAAUCACAGCCAUGUUUAUAUAUUGGCUAUAGGGAUGAUUUUUAAUUUAUGUACAUGACAUGUUUUCUUUGGACUUUUCAAAUGCCUCAGAUGAGGUUUAUGACAAUGAGGGUAAAUACUGAAGUAUUCUGAAACACAAUGAGGAUAAAAUUGUGUUUUGCAAUUUACUAUAAUCCUCAAACACACAGCCUGCCUCCAGGUCUCUAUGACCUCCCCAUGUGGAAAUGAUUACCAAGUGAAUGUCAUUCCACUUUUCAAAAAUGGCUAUUCUAGCAUUUACAGACUUAAAUGAACAUGGUAUUUUCAGGAAACAAUCGAGUUGUUUGAGUAA